AUGCAGUUUCAGGAACAGAAGCCAAUCCCGAAGUUCGCGAGCUUCCGACCACCAUCAUCCACAGCAAGCGCGGAAGUCAGCUCUGAACACGAAAAAGGAGGAGCUUCCAGAAAACAUGAACGGUUUAGACACGAAUCUAGACACUCGCGGUUUAGGGGUCAUUCCCAUUCGCGGAGUGCUGAGCUGGAUCGCCACCGUGAGCCGCAUUCUCGGGAUAGCAGAAGGGUAGAACCCAAGCCAGAUAAACUCGACGAACAGGACCUUUUUAUCAUAGAUAAAAAGGGUGAUAAAUACAAUGUGGCGGAAUCAACGCCCGAGGACAGUACCAUUGAUUACAGAUCAAUCGAAGGAAAGGCUAAAGUACCCAAAGAACUUUCCGGAGGUGCGGUCAUAGUUUCAGACUCAGAUAUAGCUUCUGAUGAUGAAAGUGCCCGCCGCCGCAAUGCCGACCUAUCCAGAAGGGUCACAGAACGCCCGGAUGACAUUGAAAGCUGGCUGCAACUCAUUGAGCAUCAGAGCUCGUUGGUUGGAAUCGCCACGAGUAACGGACAACGCAGACUCACUACAGCAGAGAAGAGGAGUGUUGCGGAUAUCAAAAUAUCAAUGUACGAAAAAGCACUAAGUAAAUUGCCUCCUAAAGCUCACCGGGAUCGUCUCCUGCUUGACUGCUUGAAGCUCAACGCAUCGCGCAAAAGCAGCUCAGAACUCAAUGUGAUCAGCAUAUAUCUUAUGCUCCGCCUAAGUUGCUUCAUGCGAGAGGCAGGAUAUGUGGAGCAUGCCGUUGGCCUGUGGCAAGCAGCUUUAGAGUUCAAUUUCUUCCACCCCGCGUCACUUGAUAUAUCGAGAGAUGUUAAGGCUGAAUUACCUGCCUUUUGUGAAUUUUGGGAUAGCGAAAUACCGAGGAUCGGGGAAAUUGGGGCAAAAGGUUGGGGCGGCGGGGAAAAUGUAUCUCCUAAUCCCAAAUCAAAUGGCCCAAGUUGGGAAAUAGAUCAAAAAUCAAUAUUUGAAUCCUGGGAGCAAUCUGAACGAUGCAAAAUGCGCUAUUCGCGUCUUCCAGCUCGCACCUCGGACGAUGUCGAAGAGGAUGAUCCAUAUCGAGUGAUAUUGUCUUCGGAUAUCACUGAUUUUCUUAUUUCAUAUUCAGAUGUUCCCGAUUUACUAAUUGGCGCUUUCAUGAUUUUCUGUGGUCUCCCUCCACUAGCAUCAUCUGGGAAUGAGGAUGUUCUAAAUCAAUGGCGCAGAGAUCCAUUUGUUCGCAACAAUCUGCUCGAUGAUUUUGAUAGCCAGUUGCCAACGUGGUUCUCAGAUGUGGUUCAUGGGCCACAAGAUCCUAUUCACAGCCAACUGAACACCUUCCCUCUACCCACCUUUGCAAACAGUUCAGACACAUUAUUUGAUAAUGGAACUUGGUUCUCGGAGCUUCGAGUAUGGAAAAACACAUAUUUGAAUGGUCACAGCCCUCUUGACGGCGAGUGGGUGAGGAGAACACUACGACACUUGGUGAAUCGGUUUCCCGAGCGGGAUGAUCUUGCAGAGUUCACUGUUGCGCUUGAAUUUAUUUCAAAUGCCAGUGAGGCAAAAAAAUAUGCGAAGAACCUUCUUAAGAAACGUUCAUCAAGCCUGAGACUAUAUAAUGCUUAUGCUCUGAUGGAAAUUCGCAGCGGCCGGAUAACAGCGGCAGAGCAUGUUUGGACCACAGCCUUAUCGAUGAGCGACAGUUUGAAGAAGGAGGAUAAAGUAGACAGCAUACUGUUAUGGCGAACUUGGGCCUGGGAGAUUCUUACCGACCUUAACAAUGACAAGACAGUUCGAUUGUUACUCGCGAUCCCCACUGGCACCAUAGAUUCAACCACCUUAGCCGAUGAUUCUAAAUCCUCUACAUCUAUCAGACCUGCCGAAUUCCUCAAGGCUCAAAUGUACCUCACUGAAACCCAGGAGCAUGGCCUCACCUCGCGGAAGCCUAACGUGUUCGUUAGCGCUGUCGAAUGCCUCGGGUUGUUGGUCUAUUUGACUAGGAACCUCGACAUUGACGCUGCUAUAAAUGUCUACGCAACUGGUCAUUCCCGCCUUGUCGCACAUCGGUUAGAAAACACAUUAUUUGGAGAACUCCUCUUGCAAGCGAAAGCGAAACUUCUGUAUCACCACGCCACUUCAACCAGGAUAUACAAACCAGUCCUCCUUCGGUCGGAAUUAACAGAUAGCAUAUCUCACUUCCCGCAAAACACCUUAUUCCUCAGUCUCUUUGCCUGGAAUGAAUCUCGUUUCCGGAUUGAUGACCGCGUCCGCUCCGUCCUGCGUCAAUAUACAACCCCGAAAACAUGUAACGAAAACGACAAAUUUUUACAAACCUGCUUUUCGACAAGCUCGACGCUAAUCCCCCAUCUCUUUUCUAUUUUCACCGAACUCCACCGAGGUGUCUCGUCGGGGUCGACUGUCCAUUCUGCCCGUGCAGUUUUCGAAUCAGCACUCACCAGUCCAUCUGGACAAUCCAGCGCUUCUACCUGGAAACUGUACAUUCUUUUCGAACUUACGCUAUCACAGUGGGGGCGUGCGAGAGAGGUAUUUUAUCGCGCGAUACGUUCUUGCCCAUGGGCGAAGGAGUUGGUAUUGCUUGCAUUUCGAGAACGGGGGUUACGGGAGCUGAUGGGACAGGAUGAGCUGAGAAAGGUGUGGAAUGUACUUGUUGAGAAGGAGUUGAGAAUUCACGUGGAUUUGGAAGAAUGGUUUAAUGACAGGGGCAAAGAGAGGGGGGAACUUGAUUUCACUAGGGAUCUCCCUAUUCAUAUGCCUGAAGAUCUGAGUAGUAGUGAUGAAGGACCAUCAUAA